GUUAAGAUUUUCAUCCUAAAUAAUUUUGUUUUCGUAUUUAUAGCUUCGUUGAUUCAAAAUUCAAUCCAUAGAGGCUAAUGGUUCAUUUUAAUGUAUUUUAAACAUCGGGUUUAUACAUUGUACGUAGUCGAAGUUUAUUUUAGCCGGGCAUAUUAUUUUUAUACACCGGUAGAUGACAAGUAAUCGGUUGUCGGCGGGCAAUUUAAAAAGUCGCAAUGACGGACACAAUGCCAGUCGAAGAUACGUCGAAGUACGUUUUGGAAAUGCGAGGCUGGCUUAAUUGUCAACCACACUUACCCAAGGAUAACAUUGAUGACAAUCUUCUUCUACGCUUUGUACAUAGCUGUUACUACGAUGUCGAGAAAGCCAAGACAGCGAUGGACAACUUCUUCAACAUCCGAUUAUCCUGCCCCGAACUCCUCGAUGGCAGAGAUCCUGAGUCGCCGCAGUUUCAGAAAGUUAUGAGUAUCCUGAACAUAGGUCAAAUCCAGACGCCCCAGAACGAAUGUAUCUGGAUCUGGCAAUUAAAUGAUCCUGGCCUCGACAAUUACGACUAUAUCCAGGACGCAAGAUAUUUCAUGUUAUCAACAGACGCAUAUUUUAUGACGAACACCUUUCUGCCAGAAGUAGACAUUGUUAUUUUAGACGCGAAAGACUUGAAUCUCAAAAUGCUAACCAAACUAAAUUUGUCCAUUGCGAGGAAAUUGUCUAAAUAUCAAGAGACAGCACUACCGAUCCGUUUGAAACAAGUACACGUAAUUAACGCCCCGUCAUCCAUAGAUAAGAUUUUCGGAUUAUUGAAACCGUUUCUCAAAAAGGAAUUGACUGAUUUGGUCCAUUUCCACACUCCAAAAUCGAAUGGCCUAUAUAAAUUUGUGGAAAAGGAAAAUUUACCUACAGACUAUGGCGGCGUACAACCCUCGAUGGCUGAGCAGCAUCAGAAAGUUAUUUCCAUCAUUAUGAGCAAAAGAAAAGAACUGAUGAUCGAAUCUCUAUGGCGAGCGCUACCCACAGAUAAGAAAAAAGUAAAUAAUUCUAGCUCUUCUAUAUCUUCAUUUAGAGCGUUAGCCAUAGACUAAUAAAUGGUACAAAUAAUUAACAGAAACGAUUUAUAAAUGAUCCAGUCGCCAAUUUGCAAGUUUUUGAUUAAUUUUAUUGUUUAAACUUUUUUUCAAUUACAUUUUGUUAUCCCUACGCAUUGCUUCUCAUACUUUUAUGUAAUUUAUACUUUUUUUUGCCCGUUUGAAAUCAUCGGAUCUGAAUGUAAUGUAAUACAAAAAAAAAUGUAAAUUAAUCAUAUAAGUGAUUGUUACUACGAGCUAUUUAAAAAAAUCCAUGGCUCGUGUUCUUUUUGUAUGGAACUUGACAUUUGACAGCGCUCAUAACGAGAUAGUUACUUGAGAUACGAAUAAGAAUGUUGACCUAUGUUUGGUAGGAAAUACAAAGUGGACUACAAAACUAAAUUAGCCAAUAGAUGGCGCUAUACAAGGUCUGCGGGACUGGCUUUAAGACAUUAUGGUAAGGGACCAAGGUGUGGUAUGACUAAUGAUUAGUGUAUGAGAAUGAAAGUACGAUUAUAAAAGUUUCGAAUAAUAAAUAAAUUUAGUAUUUCACAAUUUUUGGGACUAUGCCUUAUUUUACUCGCAUUUAUAAAUUUAUUUAGCUUUCGUUUUUAAUUUAAAAAAGUCAUGAACUUUUAUUAAAAUUAUCGAAUCCUGGAUUUUUGUUUUUAUAGUUAUUCUUUGGACUUUGAUUAUUAGUUUUGGAAUGAUUAUAUAUGCCGUCUUAAUACUAUGAACUAUUGAGAUUUAAUAUUUGUUCCGUUUCACCUGGAAAUUCAUCAAUUAUAUCUGUAUUAUGAGUAUGUAUAAAAAUGUUGUGGCCUAAAUAGAUGAUUCUAUACAUGUUUAGAAUGAAUUUAGCAUAAUUGUUAAUUUAAAAAUUGUAAUAAACUUUUAAUUGUGAUACUUGUAUAAUUAUUGAAGUUUAAGUACAUUAUAUUUUAGUCGAUAACUUAUAAAAAAUGACUGGAUCUGCAGUAGCUUGCAUUGUUACUAAAUUAAUCGAACUCAUUUGUUCUAAAUACAAAAAUAAGAAUAAUAUUAGAAAAGCUGUCAAAGUGCUUACAGACAAUUGACGAGUUUAGAAAUCGUUGUAAUUACGUAAGGGUUUGAAUAUAAAUCCCGGAUCUACAUAUCUUGCCAUUAGGACAACGUGAUGACAAAUGCAUUUAAAUGUGUUUUUAAUUGUAAUCUACACAAGACUCAAAUGAAGUGCACUGUCUCUUUUAGACAUAGCGAACAGACAGUUUGCGAGAAAGAGACAAAUGCGUAUUCACAUUUGAAUUAAGUAAAAUGCACACGUAGAAUGCACAAUUUUAAGUCUGUCAAAUUAUAGGACAAAAUUUCGUUACAGUUUAACGUAAGAUCUAAAAUGUCAAAGUGUCUUUCUAUGUCAUAUCCGUAGAUUUGGGCAAUGCUCGCAACUAUGACACAAAUAAUUCUCUUGUGUAUUUAUUCAUACAAUUAGUUCUAAGGUGAUUAAUUCAUUAGUAUUAUUUAAAACUUUAUACAGAAAUGACUUCGAAUUUUUUGAAUGUUUGGGAUUUUAUAAUAUAUACAAUAAUUACUCUGUUACGUAAAAUACUUUAGUCUUUAACAGACUAGGUAUUGUAAACAAGCAGUUUUGUUUUUUUAAUUAUGAUUGACUUUUGGUUUGUCGAGUAUUUUUAGGUUUCUGGUUAGUGUACAUGCUAUUUUUUACAUAUAAUAAUCAAUACUGUAUACACGA